AUGGCUUCGUUCCACCCCAGCGGAGAGUCCAAGGAGAACAAGGACGUCGAGAACACCUCCACCUCCUCGGUCGGGGCCGUGCCCUUCUACCCCCAGUAUGCCAACUACACCACCCAUGUCUAUGACUCAUCAGCCUUGGCCACGUCUUCUGAGGCGCCCGCUACUUUCACUGAGGUUAAAGGUGGCAAUGCUGCUGUUGUGGGAGCUCCCAAGAGUGUGAGUCACUCAAAUUGACAUUUUUAAAUAAUUUAAAUUUUAAAAUUUUAAUUUUUAUUGAAAAUCACUUUCGAAAUAUUUUACUGAGUAAAUUACAAAGUAUUUCAAAAAACAAAUAGUAAAACAAGAUAAAAAUUGAAAUUUGAUGUUUAGGAUUUCAAAUCGGAAGCUUCACACCUGCCCCAAUCAUCUUACCCUUCAACUACUACAAUAUCAAGUCUCCAGCCCCUAUCUCAGACCACUCCCGUGCCUGUUCUCAACUCCUCUCCCGUCAUGGCUCCCAAUCUGUACAACGAAGAAGCUUCUGAAAUCAGCUCCGCUUUAGGCUACAGUUCCUACUCAGCUCCUCACAGUUUCGCCGCUGGCAGUUCACACGAUGUCAGUUAUUGGCAACCGCCUCAAGAGGUUUAUCCUGGUCCGAUUCCAAGGUAAGAGCAAUCGCUAUCUCUUUAAAAACAAGUAUAAACCAACAUUAAUAUAAUCAAUUUAAAAGUACCAAAAUAUAUCGUUAUAUUACCCAUCUAAUCUCAAUUUAGCUACCCAAAUGUAUUACUUCAUGGAGACGAAGUGACGUCUCCCAGCUACAGUACACUUCCUACAGACAACCGAGUCGACCCAGCCAACUUGUCAGCCGCCUACAACUCUCCUUAUAUGCUUUGUCCACCUUACUUAGUAAGCGAUACUUAAUUUAUGCUAAUUACGCCCUUUACUUGCUAGUUUCACUUUCUUUCUUUGUUUUUUUUUUAGGUAUAGUUACUGUCAAUUCAAAAAUAAAACCUUUUCAAGAUAUUAACACUGCCUUUAUAUUAACCUUGUAUUUGUAGCCCGAUGGAACCCAAGAUCCUCUUGCACUACGGUACAUCGCCGAUGGCAGUUUCUACCAACAGCCGUCUAUUCAAGUGAGUAAAAUACUACCAUCAGCAUUCUAGUUACCUUAGGUAUUAAAAUAAGAUCAAAGUUUUGAGAUCCAACACCAACUAUUAUCAAAGCGUAAAAGUAUACCUCAAUAUAAAUAUAUUGUGAAUCUUUAGAGUCUUCCAAUUGAUACUCAAUACGUACCCAAUAGUACUCCCAGGAACCUAGACCCCUAUGUACCACCGAUCGCUGGCACUCCUUCCGAACUGUCCAUGUUACCUACAAAAGAUGCCUCUUCCGCCUUUACCUCCCCUGUCAACGGAAUCCCCAACGCUUCUACAAUGAUGUACCCAAACAACGUCCUCAUGCAGAAACAACGAAGCCGACGGUCGAGAAGUCUGAAGGACUCUGACGACGACAUCAGGUCAAAUGAAGAUAAGGAGCAAGAACGGCGAAGUGCCAACAACAACAGGGAACGGUAGGGUUCUGAUGUUACUUCUGAAACCUUAAAUGUUUGGAUAAUUCCAAAAAUUUAAGACUUUUUAUUUUACGCAGAUUUACAUCUCAAACUGAUCAAAACGUAACUAGAAAGUCGUAAUUAACUUAUAUUAUAGUAGUUAACUUAAGUUUGACAUUAACAUUUCAGAAUCCGAGUCAAAGACAUCAACACGGCUUUCAAAGAGUUAGGGAAGAUGUGUAGCCAGCACAUUCCGAACACGAACGAAAGGAAUCUCACCAAACUCAGUAUUCUACACCACGCUGUCCAAGUUAUCAAUGGCCUCGAGUCUCAAGUCAGUUUUUACUCUUUUAUCUAUAUGUUAACUUACAAAACCAACACAACUUUACUUUCUGAAUGAAAAAAAGCUAUUUUUAAACAAGCUCAAACAUAAUCUACUUUCGAAAAGUGAAGUUAACCAUCUCAACAUUUCAAAAACUAACACAUCUAAACUUACAGUAGACAACAACAAACAAAAGUAAUAUAAACCAUUGUAGGUACGACAACGGAACAUGAAUCCCCGCGCCACAUCGAUGCGACGACGCGAACAAGCCCAACAAUGA